GCGACAGUUGCCUCUAGACUACUCACUGUUGUGUUUACUAGGUAGGUCCCAGUACUGUCCUGUCCGCUCAUAAUAGAGCCGCUUGAUUGCUGGCAAAGGCUACUGCGGCCAAUUCAUCAAAUUUCGUUCACUACAAGACGACUGAGGCACGACUCGGAACGGCCCUCAGCUAGCGAACCCAGUGUCGAACAAUGAAAUGGAACCCUCUACGCUGUGGCGGACGCGCAUUCUACAAGAAGAAAGAACACGGUGCUGAUAGUGCAGAGCUCUAUGUAGCCGCUCAGCGGCCCCAAGGCAUUCGAAAUGGAGCCAGGAGCACGCGGCGUUGUGCCCGUAUAUCUGAUUUACAUCCCAUACGUCCAAGAGAGCAAAGCACAUUCCAAGGCCCUCCCAACGACGAAUGCUGUGAUGCGGCAUUCCGAACCUGAAAGACCCGCAUUCCAUCCUUUGAUGUUGUGUUGUUGGCUCGACUGCCAUCCGCAAUCAGCAAUGUGUGCUAAGAACGAGGUUUACAUGGGUAUUCGAUGUCGUAUAUUUGUCGCGGUCUUCUUUGUCUUGCAUCUUUCCUUUGUCAACAUACUGUCAAUCGCUCAGUCAAGUCACUCGUUUCGUCUUUGAUCGAAUUUCGACUCGCAGUUUGCAUUUGAGUUCUUGGCUCCUUGCGCUCCCUCGAUUGCCUCAUUGUGUUGUACACAUUACAUUUCAUUCCAAGAGAAGGCCUCAGUUACUCUCUUCGUCUAUUCAAAAUGCAUCGAACCGGCCUGACCUUACCUUUGCUGCUGUCGACGCUGGCACUAGCCAGCCCGCAGAUCAACACUGGGACAUUGGCUGGAUUGCCAGCCUGUGCUCAAGAUGCCGCAAGUGCAGCUUUAGGAUCGGCCGGGUGUCCCUUGACUGACACGGCAUGCAUCUGUGCCUCGACGGCCUUCAUCAACGCCAUCACCAACACGAUUCUGACGACCUGUUCGGCCGCCGAUGCUCAAGCCGCGAUCGAAUUCGGCCGAACAAUCUGCGGCCCAUCACUUGCAUCAUCCCUCGGAGGAGCAGCACCAGCAGGAGGAUCAGCUAGCCCAGCCGCCUCGCCAGACGCAGGCACCACAGCAGGGACAGGAGGUGCAGCCCCCGCCGCCGGGACCGGUGUUGCAGGUGCCGACGACGCAAUGUCGACCACCACUGUCCCCGUGACAUUGACCUCGGUGACCAGCAUCCCCAACACGAGCAUGAGCACCACGUCGUGGAUGUCCAUGUCGACGUCGACCAUUCCUGCUGCUGGCAACAACGCCACCGUCACCACGAUGACCUCGUCCUGCACUACCACACACACUGUGACUGCGACCAUGAGCAGUGGCACAGGAGCCCACCCGUCCGCGUACACUGGUGCCGCUGGCUCAGUCUCGGUCAGUCUCAAGGCCGGAAAUGGUCUUGUUGCGGCGUUGCUGGGCGUGGCUGGCGCUGUUGCUUUGUUGUAAAGUGACAAGAUUGCCACCCAGGUUUUAGGGUGUCGGGGGAGAAAGAGAAAGGAGACAAAUGCAUUUUCUUUUUUAUUCUAGAAAAACGAACACUUAAUCGAAGGUAUCCAUCGUGGUGCCAACUUCGUUUCAUUCUGUGGCAGGUGGAGCUUCAAAUGGUUGCAUAUUUCACAGGAGAGGAUUCCACUAGAAAACAAGGGUUUACUUCCUACUACAGAUAGGCAUGGUUCAUGCCCAUGCCUGGUUAUGGGAGCUUGAAUUGGAGAUUGGAUCUGAUUCCAGGGAUGCAGUGUGCUGAUGUUCUGUUCUGUUCUGUGGUGCAUGUCCCAAAAGAACUUGAACCCGCAAAGAUACGUAUGAUACAAUCUAUUUCAUUGC